UAAAGAUCUUGCCAUUUUUUUUUCUUUGUUUCUAUAUAAAAACCAAACCCAUUAUUAACCUAUCUACAGUUUACUUAUUCAGAAAGAAACUAUACAAUUUUCAAAUGGGUGGAGGACUAAUAGCAGAUGAUUUCUCAACUGAUCAUGCAGAUCUGGAUUUGACUGAGUUGCUUCUGGUCUCGGAGGAUGGUUCUGUUUCGGAGGUUACUUGUGAUUUAGGUCUACAGCAGAAACCUUCAGAAUCUUUGCGAGAGAAUGAACCGGUUUUUGAGGUUGGCUUCACAGAGUUGCCAAUGGUCGCAGAAUCUUUGGAAGAGGAUGGAUCGGUUUUGGAAGUUGGUUUGACAGAGUUGCCAAGGAACUCAGAAUCUUUGCAAGAGGAUGGACCGGUUUUGGAGCUUGGCUUGACAGAGUUACCAAAGGUCACAGAAUCUUUGCCUGAGGAUGGACCGGUUUUGGAGGUCGGUUUGACAGAGUUUCCAAAGGUCUCAGAAUCUUUGCCAGAGGAUGGACCAGUUUUGAAGGUCGAUUUAACCGAGUUGCCAAAGGUCUCAGAGCCCUUUCCUGAGGUUGGUUCUGUUUUGGAGGAUACUUGUGAGUUACGUUUUGAGCAGAAACCUGCAAGAACCCUACUUUUGGUAGGACGUUCUGGUAACGGGAAGAGUGCGACAGGGAAUAGCAUUCUCGGAAGGCGAGCGUUCAACUCAAAAGGCCGUGCAUCAGGGGUAACUACAGCCUGUGAGCUGCAGAGUUCGUCGCUAGCCAAUGGCCAGAUCGUCAAUGUUAUUGACACUCCAGGUCUCUUUAGUCUGUCUCCAUCAACCGAGUUUACAUGCAGAGAGAUUUUGAGGUGCUUCUCUCUAACCAAAGAAGGGAUUGAUGCAGUGCUUCUUGUAUUUUCCUUGAGGAACCGGCUCACAGAAGAGGAGAAAUCUGCGCUUUUCGCAUUGAAGAUCCUUUUUGGAGGCAAAAUUGUUAACUACAUGAUCGUUGUUUUUACAAAUGAAGAUUCCCUUGAAGAUGAUGGUCACACAUUUGAUGAUUAUGUGAAAGACUGUCCUGAUUUCAAGGUUUGUGUAUCUUUCACUUUAGAUCUCCAAACUUCAGGCAGAACAUUUUCACUUUAUCUUGUCUCUCUUAUUGAGUUGUCUUGUAAGUUGUAGGAAAUUAUCGAGGCCUGCAAUGACCGCAAGGUGUUGUUUAGGAACAGGUCUAAUGUGAAAACGUAAGAGCUAAACGGUUUGGAUCUUUAACAAAGAAUAUCGAACAAGAAUUCAAAUAACUCUCUCUUUUAUUAGAAAAUAAGUUCUUACAAGGUUUCUCCUUUAACUCUAUUUUCUAAUACUAUUAAGUUCUUUAGCCUUCUUUGAAUCUUCAAGCUAUUCUUUUCUUAAA